CCAUGACCACCUUAUGCUGCUGUUUCUCACACAUGGGCACUGUGGCCACCAGUCUCCAAGCAAUCUGAUUCGUGAUUGGUCCUUCUUUUGGGCCCCCAGAGACAGUAUAAAGGAAAGGUACUCUGUCCAGAAGAAGCAUGAGGAUAUACAUGAGAGUUGUGGAGAAGUAGUAUUUACUAUGUGUAUGUGCAUGUGCUUGUGUGUGGGUAUGUGCAGGCAUGUAUGGAAGUCAGAGGCAUCUGAUCCCCUGGAACUGGAGACAUAAGUAGUUAGGAGCCACCAUUGUGAGUGUUGGGGAGAGAACUUCGGUUCUUUGCAAGAGCAUUAUGUGCUCUUAGUCAACUAAACCAUCUGUCCAUCUCUCCAGCCCUAAUCUCUUACUUUUAUGAUUGCAGUAGUGGUAUACUUUGUACCUUAGCAUUACUCUUCCUACUUUAUAGGUUAAUUUUCCUACAGAUGACUUUAUUGAAAUGGAAUUUUUAUAGAUACUAGAAAUAAAUUAAUGUAUUUAAUAUUUAAUAUUUGUCUGAUAGGAUUUUAUAUUUUUAGGCCUUCGAAGAAAACUUCCAGUGAAAAGUGUGAGAUCAAAGCACAAGCAAAUUGUAUGCUUGAUCUUAACAAACUUAGUUCAUCAUCGGAAGAAAUCUCAGAAGACUGUGUGGUGCCCAGUUAUGACACUGUUAUGUCAAAUACUGACCAGCUUAGGACAGAAGUCAAAGAUUCUGAAAGUCUAAAUGUAGUCUGUUCAGAAAUCCAUUCAUAUAAAAUGCCAGUGGAGCAUCAAAAGCACGUAUAUAAACUAUUCAGAGAAGAGUCUGAAGAGGUGGGAAAUGAUCUUAGUGAACAACAGAAGGAGAAGGAUCUCUCAGCAUCAGAAGAAGGAGAAUCGCAGUUAAAGCCUGACAAUGCUAAAUUACAGCUAUCCAGUCAGAGAUCCCAUUAUGUAGCCCAGGGAAAGCCCAUGCUCGUGGUCUUUGGGCUUCAGCCUCUUUUUGAUAUUAUGUGUGUGAGUGUGGUUU